AUGGCAACAAAGUCACAGGUCAAUAUAAGCUACAGGAGGCUUGAUACUUCGAAGCAGGAGUUCCGGCUUCUGGAGCUCCGUCCCGCAACGUCCGUUGAGGACCGUGUCGAGUGCCGCAUGGUCACAGCCCGCCUCGGAGACGAGCCGGAGUACAUCGCACUAUCCUCACUGUACGGCGAACCAACAGAGUCGGAGACCAUCAUCGUCAGCGGUCGUCCCGUCACAAUCACGCGCCACCUUGCCCAAGCGCUUCGGCAUGUGCGUGCCGUGUUCUUCCCUAAUAUUCAACGCAGCAAUGAGCGCAUCGCCAAGCAGCGAAAGACGCCCGCUUGGUUACGGCAUUUGAUGAAGCAUAUCAACUCUAUUCUGCCAGACCCCGAUGCCGAACAACGCACUCCUCUUCGCUUGUGGAUAGAUGUAUUAUGUGUCAACCAGCGCGAUGAGAGAGAGAAGUUAAAACAGGUCAACGACAUGCGACAAAUCUACGGCGGCGCGCAAAUAGUAGUUGGGUGGCUCGGGGUGAAGCUGGAGCACAGUGACGCAGGCUUAAGCUGCCUAAACGAAGUCGAGGCCAGUAUGCCAAAGCAUUGGGGUGACCCUGGUGAUAGGGAGGCGCACCCAGAAGACUACGCCCCAACCCACGCGUGGUUUGCCAAAAUUGACCACCUGUGGGCUCCUACCCCAGAAGGCGCGUCAUGCUUCACAACGCCGCAUUGGAUAGGAGCACAGGAGAUCAUGUAUCGACCAUACUUCCAACGGCGCUGGAUUCUGGAAGAGAUCUCUAUGGCUAGAUUUCCUACUUUCCUCAUUGGCGACUCAAUUCUCCAUUGGAAGCAGAUUCUCCGAUUGAAUCGUCUAAUGGAGGAACUGAAGUAUGCUGAUUCCAAUGCAUUUCCUGUGGAAUGCCGGGCUGGGGUUGCCGAACUUCCUCUUGAGACAGCACAAAAGCUACUCGAUGAAUUCGCUAAGAAGAGAGCUCUGGAACAGGCUCACAUUCUGGAAAGCUCAAUCAGCUCUCAAAACUCUAAAAGUGUGCCGGGUUCUUCCGUUGUGUCAAGCCUUCACUAA